AAAUGUGUGUAUUUUAUAUAUAUGUAUGUAUAUACAUAUAUAUAAUAGCUAUAAUUGUAAAUAUGUUAUGUAUACAAAAGUGAUAUUUAAUCCCGCUAAUGUUUUGUAGCUUCGAAUGUGGCGCGUGUAUUUUUCAUAUAUGAUUUGUGUCUAGUGAUUUUCACGUCAGCCAUGUUUUUCAAUCAACUAUUAACUAUUAUGUGUCAUGAUUUACUACAUUGUAUUGUUACUUUGCUUUAACCAUAAUAAGCCAUUAUUGUUAUUGUAGAUGAUGUUAUCUAAAUUUUUGAGUUGAUAAUUUGUUUUUAUAAUCGAGUGAAUUAAAUGAAUAAAUAAAUAAAAGUUGAUUGAAUUAACACUUUUGCCGCUACAAAAUACCGCUAUUUAUUUAUCAAUCGAUAAUAAAGUGUCAUGUGAAAAAAAACUUGUUGCUUUCUAAUCCACUGUGCUUAUUAAUUUUUGGCAGUAUUUCAGUUUUUUUUAAAUUAAUAUAUUAAUUACUUAGUUUUUAGUUCAAAAUUAGUUUGUUAGAUGAUACAAAUUAUUAACAAUUAUUAAUUUAAUGCUCAUAUAUGAAUUGCAGCAAACUAAAAUGGCUUGAUAAACAUAUAAAUAAGAAUAUAAUAAAUAAAUAAGAAUAUAUAUCUAUAUAUGCAACACUAACUAAAGAACGAUUACGUAUAUGAUAAUAAAUUGUUUAUGAUUGUCAUCAUUACUGUUGACAAUGAAUGGUGGAAAUGAACAGUCCAUUGGAACCAGAUUUUGAUGGAUUUGAUUUCCCAGAAAAAAAUAAUAAAAUUGAUACUACUGAAGAAAACAAAACAGGAUUACCAAUAAUAGAGGAACAGUUGAAUAUUGUUAAAUCUCUAGAGUGUGUUUCUGAAGAAUUACCACAGUGUGAAGUUUGUUCACAACAAUUUUUAACUAAAAAAGAAUUACGUUCUCACAUAACUCUACACCUUGGACAACCUAGAAUAGUUUUAAAAAGGUGCAGCAAUUUGCAUUUGGUUAAAAAAAAAGAAAAAGAUAAAUAUUGUUUAUCUCAAGAGAAAAAGGGAUCACUUAAAUUAACCCUGAAGAAACAAAAUCAUCGUGAUUUUGCAGUUAUAAGUCGGGAUUUGGAUUUCGAUAGCGAUAAUUCACACUCUGAAGAGGUGGCAGGUGAAGAACAAAAACACCAUCAGGACGAGGAGGAGGAGGAGCUGGAGGAACAUGAAGAUACACUGGAUGAUGAUAACGAAGAACAAACCGAUCAAGUACCGCAUGAAUUUGAAAAUGUGAUUGUUAAUGAAGACGAUAAUUAUCAGGAUGAUAAUUAUGAUAAUAAUGAAGAGGACAAUUUUCUUGAAGAUAAUGAAGAAAGACCAUCUGUGGAGACAAAUGAAGGUGAUUCUGGGGUAGGAAGUGACAUGGCCAACACUUGUGAAAAAGAUGAUCAAAAUGUUGAUAAUGAUGAUUUGCAUAACGUUGAUAAUUAUCACCAUGAAGAUGAUGACAGAAAUAAUGUAGAAGAAAGUGAAGAUACUGAAGAACCAGAUCCUAUUGACGCAACUUACAGAGAAACUAUUGAAAAUUUAAAAAAAAUUGGUGAACAGACUAGUACAAUAAGAGAAGAUAUGUCACCGAGAGACGAAGACGAUAGUCCCGAUGAAUCAUCAUCAGACGUCAUCACUUCCCGUAUCAAUGAUAAUGAUGCCUUAAAGUUAUUGUCAAAUAAUUCAGCAAUAGAACUUUACCCAGCAAAAAAAAGUUCAGAAAAAUCGAGUAAAAACAAUAAUAACGACGGAUCACGAUUAAAUUCGAGUAUUAAUUGGAGUCAAAUUGAAAAUUUAACUUCUUCUAAAGAUGAUGAUAACACUGACGAUAAUGUAAAUAAAGAUAAUGAUCAAACGGGUAAAGAUAAUACGGAUAACAGCACAGAGGCUGGAUUGCUGUUGCAAAAUUUAUUGACAGAACACAAUCACAGAAAAAAUAGUGAAGAAAGAUCUUCGCAUACGUCUUCUUCUCACAAUUCAUCAGUUGAUACAGAGUAUGUGUCGCUUGAAAGAUUAGCUGAGACAGUCAGUAAAUGUCGCGUGUGUGGAGAAAAGUUUACUGACAUAACAAUGUUGGAUGAUCAUAGAUUAAAAGCUGGUCAUUAUCAAUGCAAUGUGCCAGGCUGUUCAUCACUAGUAUUUUCAACGUCCGUUGAAUUGUCGUUGCACAAAUCACAGUCACAUGAAGUACAUAAUAAUCCUUUAUCACCAAGCAUAAGUAUUAUUCCGUCACAAGUUAGCCAACUGUCACCAAGAAUAACUGAUAGUGCACCUAAUCUGGGACAUAAUUCACCAAGUUUAACAAAUCAUCGCUCUCCGCACAAUAUUUCCCCUCAUACAAAUUCACCUCAUAAUUUGUCCCCACAUCCAAUGACUUUAGAUCCAUUGAAUCCUCUUCAAAUAAAUCGUACGUCGCCUUUGACUUCUUCCCAUCAAACUCAUUCACCCUCAUACCCCUCUCAGCAGCAUCAUCACCAUCAUCAGCAGCAAGAGCAUCAUCAUCACCAGCAACAGCCGCAGCAUCAACAUCAGCAGCAACAAAUAAUACCACCAAUAAAUUUUGAUCAAUUACCGCCACCAGUACAACAAUUAGCCCAACAAGUACAACGAAUGGCGUUACCUCAGCCCCAAAUGCCGCCAUCAUUACCACCGGGUGCUAAUACAAUGAUACCUGGAGCAAAUUAUUUUGUACCGCCGGCGGGAAGACCACCGAUGUAUCAUCGCAUGCCUAGUAGUCAUCAGCCUGGACCACAGAUGCAUCAGUACCCACCCCAUCUAGCCCAUUUGUAUGGUUCACAGUAUGGCCCGCCUUAUUCACAGUACCCAGGACCCUCGCAAAUGCACCCACAGUUGCAGCAACAGCUACAACAACAAAUGCCAAGAGGGCGAUAUCCUCCUUCGAUGAUGCCAAAUCCUCGAGGUCCAAGACCGCCUCCAGUACCGGCUCAAGUUCCAAGGCAGAGACUUAAAAGGCCGCUUCCUCCUCAAGCUCCCCCUCAACAGGUACAGCAGCAGCAGCAACAACAGCAGCAGCAACGGGCUUCAGAACCCAGCAGCAGCAAGCAGAGAAGAAUGGAUUUAUUGAUACCAGAUAGGAAUGAAGAUGCUGAUUGCCAUGUUAUUGCGCAGCAAAAGAGAAAUGAUGGAGUACCUAUCAUACAAAAUGUCCAAGGAGCCACUCAAUCGGGUAGUAGAAAUGACUCUACUAUUCAUUUAACUGACUCCAUUACUCUCAGUGUUCGUCAACCUGGUUCCACUCCAGCUCAAGUGCAGAGUCCAGGGACAGCACCACCGAAAAAACCUGAUGCUAAAGCUGUAGCCAAUGUUCUGGCAGCGCGAGGGAUUACGGUAACACCAACGGCUAAUAAAAACAAGUCUGGAGAGCAGCAGAAACAACAGCCAUCGACACAACAACAACAACCGCCCCAACAACGUGCCACAGCUGCAACUUCCCCUUCGGUUACCGCUUUAAAUUUAAAUUCUGCUAUUUCUAUUAUUCCUACGAGUUCUCAGAGGAAACAGCAACAACAACAACAGCAGCAACAACAACAGGACCAACAAUUCGCUGUACCACAAAAUAAACAAAGUAAACAAACGACCCAGGAUAUUGAGAGACCACCUAGACCACCUACGAUUGAUCUUACCCAGGAAUCGAGUUCAUUAUUGCCGCCUGCACGAAGAGGAAGACCGACUAGAGCUGCAUUGACCUGCCAAAUAUGCGAUAAAAGUUUUCAAAGUCAAGAAGUUUUAAUUCAACAUAUGGCAUCUCAUCGCACGACAAAUAAAUUAGAUUAUAAGUGUAAUCUCUGUUCAGCAGCGUACCCAACCUCACAAGGUUUAGUUUUGCAUAAACAGAGUUAUCAUAAGGAAUUGGAUAGUGCUUUACCAAAUGGUGGUACAGAAUUGGCUAUUCCAGUGGUCGAUUUAAAAUCACCGCAAACUCUAUCACGAUUGAAUAGUUUAGGUAUACAAAGUUAUAUACCACUAUCACAAUUAAGUGCACAAACUGGUGGUUAUUUUGCAUUACCAAUUGUUACUAUCGACAGUCCACGUAAUCCAAAUUCAUGUAAUUUAGGUGCACUUGGUGCUACAUCGAUAUUAAGCUUAGGGCCUUUAAAACACCUGUCUAACAGGUAACUAUAAUCAUUUUAAAUAGACAAAAAAUAUAUUUAUAUAUUUAUCAUAAUUUUAAGUGACACCUUUAUUGUUGACUAAUUUUUUUUUCUCAUUUAAAAAAAACCCAUGACAUUCUCUUCGAUUUUUAUUUAUCUACAAGUUGAAAAAUGAUGAUAAAAAGAAAAAAAUUGAUAAUGAUAAUAAUAAAAAAUUAAUAGAUAUCGAUAACUGUUAAAUAAAUUAUUUGAGGCUUAGUUAUUUAUCUCAAGAAGAUUUAGUUAAGUUAUGAAAUUUUUAUAUUUAAAUAAAUAUAAAUUUUUAAUUUAUUUUCAUCUUAUAAAUAAAUUUUUU